CUCUGCUCCGCUCAACUCCGGAAGUUCCGCAGAGGAGAACAAAAAGAGAGAGGGAGGAGAAGGAGCUGCAGGAAACUUCUGAGCUUCUUCAAGUCAAACACCACCUCGCGGAGUUCCUGAUGGGUCUCCCGACGCUGGAGUUCAGCGACUCUCUGCUGGACAGCCCCGAGUUCAGAGAGAGGCUGCAGUGCCAUGAAGUCGAGCUGGAGCGCACRAACAGGUUUAUCAAAGACCUCAUCAAAGAUGGAAACCUGCUCAUAUCUGCCCUCAGAAGUCUUUCUCUUGCAAUCCAACGCUUCUCUCAGUCRCUGCAGGAGUUCCAGUUCGAGUGUAUCGGAGAUGCAGAGACUGACGAUGAAAUCAAUAUAGCUCAGUCCUUAAAAGAGUUCUCUCAGCUGUUAAGCACCAUGGAGGAAGAAAGAAAACGACUGAUCCAGAACGCCGAUGACGUUUUGAUCUCACCGCUCGAGAGGUUCCGCAAGGAACAAAUCGGAGCUGUUAAGGAGGGAAAGAAGCAGUUUGAUAAGGAGACAGAAAGGUAUUACUCUCUGCAGGAAAAAUACCUCAGCGUGUCCUCCAGGAAGAAGGAAUCCCAGCUGCUGGAGGCUGACUCACAGAUGAACAAAGACAGACAGAUUUUUUAUGACGCCUCCCUUCAAUACGUCUUCAAGAUCCAAGAGGUGCAGGAGAGGAAGAAGUUUGAGUUUGUGGAGCCACUAUUAGCCUUCCUGCAGGGGCUGUUUACCUUCUACCAUGAAGGCUACGAGUUGGCCAGUGAGUUUGAACCCUACAAGCAGCAGCUCCAGUUCAACCUGCAAAACGCACGUAACAACUUUGAAAGCACCCGUGCUGAGGUGGAGAGGCUGAUGAAGAGGAUCCGCUCUGCUGAAGAUGACUUCAAAGCCCCCAGCGGCUUCACCAUGGAGGGAUAUCUGUAUAUACAGGAGAAACGUCCGUUGGGGAGCGUGUGGACCAGGUACUAUUGUACUUAUGAGAAGAGCUCAAAGAUGUUCACCAUGAGCAACGCAGAGACCAGACCAGCCAGCAGACAGAACGGCGUGGUGAACGGCUCCCCGGAGAUGUUCCAGCUGCGGUCGUGUGUCCGAAGGAAAACGGACUCGAUUGACAAACGCUUCUGCUUUGACGUCGAAGUGGUGGAGAGACAUGGCGUCAUCACGCUGCAGGCGCUGUCGGAGGCCAACAGACGGCUGUGGAUGGAGGCGAUGGACGGGAAAGAACCUAUUUACACGCUUCCUUCUCUGCUCAGUAAAAAAGAGGAGACAUUUCUUAACGAGGCGGGCUUCAACUUUGUUAAAAAGUGUGUCGAGCUGAUUGAAGCGAGAGGCAUCACCACCCUGGGACUGUACAGGACGGGAGGAGUGAACUCUAAAGUUCAACGACUGAUGUCAAGUGUGUUUGCAUCUGCAGCUCCCUCUGACAUGCAGCUGGAUGCAGAAACCUGGGACAACAAGACCAUAACUAGUGGUCUGAAGGAUUAUUUCAGGUGUCUAGCAGAACCACUACUGACCUACAGGCUGCAUAAAGAUUUCAUCAAAGCUGCUAAGUACGAUGACCACAGGCACAGAGUGACAGCGAUUCACGCACUUGUCCACAAACUACCAGAAAAAAACAAAAUUAUGCUGGACAUCCUAACUCAACACCUCCUCAAAGUGUCCUCCCACAGCGACCAGAACCUGAUGACCGUGUCCAACCUGGGAAUGAUCUUCGGCCCCACGUUAAUGAGGUCCCAGGAGGAGACGGUGGCUGCCAUGAUGAACAUCAAGUUCCAGAACAUCGUGGUGGAGAUCAUCAUCGAAAACCACGACAAGGUGUUCGGUGAAGCCCCGGACCUCUCCGUGCCGCUGCCUCCGGCUCCGUCCUCUCGAUCGACUCCCCGCAGGAGGAAAGCCAUCUGUCUGUCGUCCGGAAAGAGGAGGGCUCGCCUGUACCCUCCCGCUCUCUGCCUGGCCGACAACGACAGUGAUACGUUCAGCAGCAGCUCCAGCACUCCGAUGGGCAGCCAGGAGUCUUUGUCCUCGCACUCCUCUGAAAAGAACGAARUGUCUCAGACCUCUCCUCCAUCGUCUCCCGCCACCGAGCCCCCCGUAACACCGUCGUCCCCUCCUGCAGCGUCCCCCUGCCCGCCACCACACAGCUCGUCCAACGGGAAGGAUCAGAGGCAACCUUCAGACGGCGCUCUCUCCUCCCACCUCACAGCUUCCUCUUCCUGGACCUCAGCUCCGCUCUCUGAGCAGACUUCCUCCAUGUCCUCCUCCACGUCCUCUUUGCUCUCUGCAGUGGAGAGGUCCUUCAACAGGAACUCAAUUGCUUCCUUGUCUUCUAUAAAAGACUCCAGGUCUUCGUCCAGGGUCUCUGCAUCCACGGCCUCCYUCCAGAACUCCUCAGCGGAACAUCCCUCGUGUGUGGAAGAGGGCGGAGCUGUGCAUAAAGCAUCCUCAGGCUCUUCUAUGAAGAGCUCUCCUUCAGAUGAUCAGAGGAAUACGUCGUCCGCUGCCGUCACAAAGAGCAAAGCCACAAACUCUACCUCUCCUCAGCAACACAGCACCGCCUCCUCCUCGUCUUCCUCCUCCUCUUCACUAUUUCCCUACCAGCUUUCUGAAGCUUCCUCUCUCACCUCCCUGCACAUUUCCGAGGAUUAUAAAAGCUGUCACGGGUCAGUGCAGAGUCUCAUGUCGCUGGACCAGCAGGACGGAGCACACACACGGAAAACACACACCCGCUGUGGCUCCGACCUGAUCCCGAAACGCUCUGCAGCCACGUCCAGCAAUGGUUACUCCAGACCUGCGUCACUACUAUCAGCCAGACAACAACAGGGGGAGAGUUCAGUGUUCUCCUCUGCGUUAGACAUCUGUCCCUCAGGAAGAGACGCUAAAGCUCUUUACUCCUGCGAGGCAGAACACAGCCAUGAACUGAGUUUUCCACAGGGGGCGCUGUUCUACAACGUCUGCCCGUCUGUGGAACCGGGUUGGCUCCAGGCCACGUACAAAGGCAAAACGGGCCUGAUACCUGAAAACUACAUCACAUACAUCUGAUGGUACCAGCAGAACACCACUGACACACAGAGAUCGAGCUCAAGUCUUCAGGAUUAUUAACAACGAUCGACGACAUUCUUUAAUUGUGACUCUUCUCACUGACUACUGAGGUGGAAUAUGAAUAAUCGACCUACUGUAUGAAAUCCUGUUAGAGGAAAUGACAAACCAUAAAGAGGAGGGGAUGGUAUUUUAUUUGAUGACUGAUUUUACCUUCAGAGUACUUAUCGUCUUAUUUUAUGUCUUUAGUUGUUUUAAAAUGUAAUCAGGAAACGUGUAGAAGGUACAGUAUUUUUUAUUAAUCCCAAUAAUUUAUGUUUAAUGUAUCAUUGUAUUAAUUCAUUGAUCAGAAAUGUGUGCCUUUGAAUUAUAUGAACUCCUUUUUUUAGUGUUCUUCCCAUCAGCUUUUCUGCUGUCUGAAUAAAAAAGUGCUUAAGAAAUUAAAA